CCUCGCUCUUUUUGCUCCUCUGCUGCCAUUGCUUCUUAGAAAGCUGAGGAGAAACCUCUUCGUCUACACUCUCUUGAUACCCUCUCCCUCAUCAUCGACUCUCAGGCGCUCGCCAUGACGACGAUGAAUGGAUCCGAAGACUGGCGCAUCACGUCCAAGAUUGCCCAGGCCGAAAAGGAGGGCAGGACAUGGUGGAGUUUCGAGUAUUUCCCGCCUCGCACUCCUCAGGGUCUCGCCAACCUCUACGACCGAUGCCAGCGCAUGUCCGAGUUGGGCCCUGCCUUUGUCGACAUCACCAUGCACGCCGGUGGGCGAACACUGGACCUCACAAACGACCUCGUCAAGAUCGUCCAGUCGUACAUCGGCAUCGAGACAUGCAUGCACUUGACCUGCACCAACAUGCCCCGCGAGAAGAUUGACCGCGCCCUUGAGCUUGCCAAGGAGGCAGGUUGCCGUAACAUUUUGGCCUUGCGAGGUGACCCGCCUGCUGGUCAGCACGAGUGGGAGCCUCAUGCCGCUGGAUUCACUUACGCAAAGGAGCUCAUUGCCUACAUCAAGGAGCACUAUGGCGACUAUUUCAGUAUCGCAGUUGCUGGCUUCCCAGAGGGUCAUCCUGAGGCCAAGGAGGGAAGAGAUGUCGAGCUCAAGCACCUCAAGGAGAAGCUCGACGCUGGGGCCGACUUCAUCUUUACGCAGAUGUUCUACAACUACGACAUCUUUGCUGAGUGGAUGAAGGACAUUCGUGCCGCUGGUAUCACAUGUCCCGUCGUACCCGGAGUCAUGCCCAUUCAGACGUACAGCGGUUUCCAGCGAGCGACAGAGAGGUUCGGCACCUUGGUCCCGCAGUACUUCCACGAUGCCCUCACCCCGAUCAGAGACGAUGACGAGAUGGUCCGCAAAGUAGGCACGCAACUGGUGGGCGACCUUUGCAAGAAGAUCAUCGACCCAAACAACGGCCUGGGCAUCUCUGGGCUGCACAUCUAUACCAUGAACCUAGAACGAGGCUCUCGCAUGCUCCUCGAGUACCUCGAACUCGGCCCCACGCCUCAACAGGUCAAGUCCUUGCCCUGGACUCCCUCUCUUACCCCAAAGAGGCGCGACGAAGGUAUUCGACCCAUCUUCUGGGCGAACCGCGCCCGCUCCUAUGUCAGCCGUACAGAGACGUGGGACGAGUUCCCCAACGGACGAUGGGGCGACGCUCGCUCACCUGCAUACGGCGACGUGGACGCAUACGGUGUGAAGCUGCGCUACUCGAAUGAAGAGGCUCUCAAGAUGUGGGGCGAGCCCACCACCCUCGACGAGGUAAAGGACCUCUUCCGUCGAUUCUGCGCCGGAGAAGUCAAAGCUCUGCCAUGGAGCGAGACGGGCGUGGCAAAGGAGACGACCAAGAUCGACGAGCAGUUGGCACGUCUCAACUCUUUGGGGUACUUUACCAUCAAUUCACAACCAGCAGUAGAUGGCGUACGCAGCGAAGACGAGAUCCACGGGUGGGGCCCCAAGGGCGGCUACGUCUACCAGAAGGCCUACCUCGAGUUCUUCAUUGCCCCCGACCACCUCGAGAGACUCAUCGCGCAGAUCGAGGCAGACCCGCAAAUCACCUACCAUGCCGUAAACGCCCGUGGGGAUAUGCGAACCAACACGACCAGUGAAGCUCCCAACGCUGUCACCUGGGGCUGCUUUCCGCACAAGGAAAUCGUGCAGCCUACCAUCGUCGAGUCUAUCUCCUUCCUCGCGUGGAAGGAUGAAGCAUACGAGAUUGGCCGCAACUGGGCGCGUGUGUACGAUGCUCAGAGCCAGACGCGCAAGCUGCUCGAGAGUGUUUUCGGCGCCGUGGGGGAAGGAGGAGACACGAGCUCGUCAAACGACGAGGGAACCUGGUUCCUCGUCAAUGUGGUGCACAACGACUUCAAGUCGCCCGACGCCAUCUUCAAGCCUUUCCUCGCUGCAGCGGGAGAGGACGCAAAUGUGCCCGCAGUGCAACGAGCCCAACAGGCGGCAACGUCUACGGCGUCUGCAGUCGCCAAUGGGAUCUCCGAGGCGACGAGCGCAGUCGUCGAGGGCGUCGAUGGGCUCGUCGAUGGUGGCAAUGCCGCCGUCACCGAGAACGGCGCGCCAGCCAUGGCUGGCAGAUAGAUGUGGAGCAGCCGCGAUGUGUCGCCCUCAGUGCAAGCACCACCAGCAUAGAUUUUCUCCGCCUCUCACCACUCUAGACUUCCUUUCCUCCCCUCCCUUCUCCAUCCACAACCCCUCUCCCCAGCUUCACCAGCUCGGAGAUGACGUCGUGGUCACCAGAUCCCCCCUCUCCUCCCCUCACCUCUCCACCUACCUCCCUUCACGUACACGCCCCCUGCUCUCCUCGACCUUAUUUGUUGCAUACCACACGUCAUCGUUCCAUUCCAUUCAACAUGUUCAUAAUCAAUACAUCACGAUCACCACCACGAUC